AUGUCCACGCAAGUGGUGACUUUAUGGUGCACUUUGCACCCUGCCAGUGGUAGAGAGAGCGAGCUUCGUAAAGUUCUGCUCCACCUAGCUGCCAAGGUUCGCGAAAUCGAAAGUACUUGCUUGCGAUAUGAGGUUUUCGAAAAGACCGAGAAGGGGCUCGGCGGGUCUCGCAGGUCAGGUCCUGAUUUGAUUCCUGCCGCAGACUGGCCCUUCAAUAUAUCGGCAAAGGGUCCUAGGACCCUUUUCCAUGGCUCUGGACCAAAGUCCAUCCCCAUCAAUGACGAGAUUGAUAAGCCGCUCUUGCCGGAUGGUAGACGGCCCAUUUACUGUGACAAGGGAGAGUUGACAGACAGAGGGCGGGCCAGCACUCUGGAGCUUGGGCGCCAACUCCGCCGGCUAUAUAUCGAUCGCCUGAAUUUCAUGCCCCGGACGCUUCAUGUCAGCCACCUCUAUCUCCGGAGCACGCAAUACCAACGGACUUUUGUGUCACUGCAACAUCUUUUUCGUGGCUUGUAUCCACCAGAGUUUGUCGACGGACGCCUAGACGACGUCUUGGUCACCAUAGCAGACCCUCGCCAUGAGACACUCCUCCCCCCAGAGGAUUACGAUGAAAGAUUCGCCCAACUACUCAAAGACUUCACGAGGCGAGCCGCAAUGAAAUGGAACGGCUCUUCAGAGAUGAGAUUCGUCAACGCCCAGAUAGGACGUUGGAUGCCAGGGGGCGCUCCUGUCCUAGUAGACACCCAACCCCUCAAGUUACACGGCGUGCUUGAUACAAUAAGCGCAGUGGCAGCAACACCUCGACCUGAAGGCUUCCUCCCUCUGGAGUUCCUCAACCCGGAUCUACGAGCUAUCAUGGAGAAGAUCUGCGCCGAGGAAGAGUUUGCCGGAUAUGCCCAUAGUGAGGAGUUCCGCCGACUAGGUGUCGGGAGCAUGUUACGAGAGACCAUGCAACGUAUGUCUAUCACAAUCAAUCGGACCGACCAGCUAUGUGCUGUCGGAAACGACCAGCGAAUGCUUCUCUUCGCCUGCCAUGACUCGACAAUUGCAGGGAUCUUGACCUCGCUAGGCGCCAUCAAGGACCCGGAUUGGUUCUGGCCUCCCUACACCGCCUACAUCACAAUGGAGCUCUUUCGUUACACUAGAGAAGGAGUUGCUUGCAGCAGGACAGACAAAAUAAAACCUAGCUCCUGGUUUGUCCGCCUGAACUACCAAGGCGGACCUGUCGUACUGCCUCGCUGCGCUGAAAAGGGAACCUAUCUGCCUGGACGCAAAGGCGUCUACACAUUUGCAAGUGGAUUAAUCAAAGACCUCGUUAGCGAGUUCGCACCAGAUGAGGAGGGGAAACGUUUUGGCGAAGAGGUGGAGCCUAAGAAACUUGCGCGAAUGUAA